UAAAUCUUCUAUUUUUAUCUAUUUUAUAUGUCGUUUCUCUUUUAUAUUGUUGAAUAUGGAGUAUAUUUUGAUAACCUUUCCCGAGAUCCACUACGGGGUCUAUUUUUUGCCAGGGCAUGCUUUUUGCUUUAGUGACAAGGGUAAGGACUUGUUUGGGAUCCCUUUAUGUCGUGGCGGUCCGGUACUUAUUCAACCAUUACCGUGUUGCUUAAAUUGCUUGUAAGUUGGUUGAGCUUGAUGGCAUUUCAGGAUCUAAGAGAGGUCGUGAUCUACCCACUGUGUCACCCUGAACUAUACGCUGAUUCGUCUCUGAUUUGCUGGAUGUUGAGAACAUACUCAAACCGUACGAGUGAUGUUUUUAAAACGGCAAAGCCGGCAAUAUAAAGGCUAGCCGGUCUGUUCUCUCUGCUAUGAGGAGCAAGAUAGAUGGACCCUCUUGCAGCGGAUGUGUGAGUUUCGAUCAAAUUCGAAUCAAGAAGGCUUACGAGAAUUGAUAACGGUCCCCCCCUUGAUUCCUGG